AAACAAGGCCAUCAUUUCUUCCAUAUAUUUUAAACCUCGAUGCCUUCCUCCUCCUCGUCACUUUCCAAGCUGAUGAUGACAGGAUCCACACUGUCAUGGAUAUUGUCUGUUGCCCAGUAUUCUUUUUCAAAACUUUCAGAACGCCGGACUGCUCCUUCCCACACUUCCCGAGUCACACACAACUUCGCUUCCUCCAGUCGUGCCAUGAGGUCUUUUCUAGUAAAAUGAUGUAAGGAGGAGCGAACGUACCUCUUCAUGCAUCCCCAUACUUGCUCUAUAGCGUUGAGCUCAGGAUGUGCAGGUGGUAGCCGCACUACCUCAUGACCCCAUUCACGAAUGGUGUUGUCCACUGUAAAUUGUGGAGGUGGUCUGUUUUCCUUGCAUAUUAGCAGGAGCUCCGGACGCGUGGCUUGUGGUGGAUAUGACAUGUUGUGCUGCUCCAACCAUCUUUUCAGGUCAUCUUUUCUUGUUGCAGUGUUUGGACAGUGGCUCCCAUCCGUAAGUCGGCUGUGAUAGGGAGCGUUGUCGAUGACGAGCACUGAUGGUUCGUUCAGUGAGGGCAGCAAUCUCGUUGUUAGCCAUCGAUGGAAGAGUUCCGCAUUCAUUUCCCCGUGGUAGUCCCCAGUGCUGUUCUUAGCAGUGUAGCAAAGGAAUGAAUCUUCUAUGAAGCCGUUCUUGCUACCAGCUGCUACCACGACGAAACGUUCACCUUCUCCUGGCGGAACUUGACGGCUGUAGGUGACACUUGUGGAUGGUUGAGUGGUGUCCACCCAUUCCUUGCUGUGGUUCAUUCUGGUUGUGAACCAGGUCUCGUCAACGUAGACUAUCUGACGUCCCUCUUCGCGAAACUGUUUUAAAGACCUGAGAGCACGGAUCCUCUUCCAGAUGAUGUCCAUUGACUCCUUUCUUGCGUAGAGUUUGCGCUUUUCAGUCUUAUAGCGGAAUCCCAUCAUGUGAAGCAGUCGCCAUAACGAUGUUUCCGAUGUUCCGUCUGGUAGUAUUCCUUCCUUCUUCAGGUCUGUGGCAAGAGUAGCAAGUGUGAAACUCUCCUUUGCUGCAAACUUUCUGUGUAUAUGACAUCGAAUAGCACUGACAGUAAAGUCAUCAAUUAUGUUUUUUUGUAUAGAUGGCACAGUCUCUGGUGGCUGUGUGGUACAUGUCUGUACAGGAUAUGAUGGAGGGGCUGGUGACGGCGAUAUUGUUGGUGAUGGUGACGGGGUCGGCGAGGGCGGUGGAGGUGGUGUUCUUGACAGGGUCGGAGAGGGCGGUGGAGGUGGUGAUGGUGACGGGGUCGGCGAGGGCGGUGGAGGUGGUGUUCUUGACAGGGUCGGAGAGGGCGGUGGAGGUGGUGAUGGUGACGGGGUCGGCGAGGGCGGUGGAGGUGGUGUUCUUGACAGGGUCGGAGAGGGCGGUGGAGGUGGUGAUGGUGACGGGAUCGGCGAGGGCGGUGGAGGUGGUGUUCUUGACAGGGUCGGAGAGGGCGGUGGAGGUGGUGAUGGUGACGGGGUCGGCGAGGGCGGUGGAGGUGGUGUUCUUGACAGGGUCGGAGAGGGCGGUGGAGGUGGUGAUGGUGACGGGGUCGGCGAGGGCGGUGGAGGUGGUGUUCUUGACAGGGUCGGAGAGGGCGGUGGAGGUGGUGAUGGUGACGGGGUCGGCGAGGGCGGUGGAGGUGGUGAUGGUGACGGUGGUGGAGGUGGUGGUGUUGGUGAUAGAGGAGGGGUUGGAUGUCCUGCAUGCGGUUGUGUCCUUGUGCGGUGGAGGAUCACACGAACGGCGUUUGGUGUCAUGUCCAGUAUAG